CUAACUCCUUCACAAGCUGUGGUUUCUCAGUUCGCCCUCGGUCUAUCGCAGCCCUCCAGCUUCAGGUUUUAAUCCGCAGAAGAAUGAGUCUUGAGGGCGUCAGCGAAGUUGUGGAGGUGGAGGUGGAGCAGGAUCAGGUCCGGGUCCAGACUAACAAUACUGAGGACAGAGUUGUGAGGAGAGACCGGGUGCUUCCCUCCCUGCUGCGCGGCCUCUUCUGGCCCUUUGGCAUCGUUGUGCGUGCAUACCGCGGCUUUUGGUGGGUGCUGGGCUUACGGCAGACAAAGGAAAACGUCCUCGUUAACCCCACGGUUUCCAGCCCUGGGCGCCAGAGCCUCUCGGGCCGCAAGCGCCUGAGCCGGGUCACCCGCCUGCUGCUGUACGUCCUGCCCCGCUGGAUGCAGAGUGCCCUCGGCUAUCCGGUGUCCAACAGAAUCGGACUGUCCCUGUCCCCAGAAAUCAGAGUGUCUCCUGCAAAGCCCUGUGGAAAGGGCAGUAAGAGAAAACGGGAUAAUGUGGAGGAGCAGCAGACUUGGGUGGAGGCGCUCUCUCAGGAGCUUCCUGACGAUGAUGGACCUGAGGUUGACCCUGACUAUGAGCCCAGCUCUGUAGAGACGGAGAGUGAAGAAUACCGCUCGCACAAUGACACAGAAAGUGACCUUGAGGUUUCGGAGAAGGAUGUCGUCAUUGACGACGUGAACAUGGUGAGCUGAGUGGCGGCACUGUUCUGCAAACGAAUUGUUGAACGGCUGAAUCAGCUCAGCUUUCUUGUCUCUACAAGGAGUUGAUGUGCCCACUCCUGAAGUCUCCUGCCCUGCUGUUUAGCGUGUCAUAUUGAGUGUCUUUGUUGCAGGUUGUUCUUGUAUGUUUAUAUUUCAUAAUUCAAUAAAACUUUAUCCCUUUGCCUUGGCCUGCUUGUGUG